AUGAUAGGGAUAAGGCAUCACCCUCUACGAGGGCGCGUCCUGCUAGCCCUCUUCUUCCUUCUCGGUACGUUCGCCCUCCUCUCCAGAGCAGCAGCGUUCCCGGAUUGGACCGAUUGUCCAGCAGUGUGUCGCUGCAAGUGGACAUCGGGCAAGAAGUCCGCCUUGUGUCCUGAUGCUGGCCUAACCUCUUUGCCAGCUUCACUGGACCCUGACAUGCAAGUCCUCGACCUAUCAGGGAACAAGAUUCCCGCUCUACAAUCAGAGAUCUUCAAACGAUCAGGCUUGUUGAACCUGCAGAGGGUGUUCCUGAGGAACGCUGGUAUCCAUCAAAUUCACGCAGACUCGUUCAGGGACAUGAGGAUCUUGGUGGAGAUUGACCUGUCCGACAACCAUGUGAAAGCACUCGAACCUGGCACGUUCCUAGGCAACGAAAGACUGAGGAUCCUAAUCCUAAGCGGGAACCCGUUGAACAGCCUGAGAACCCAUCAGUUCCCGGUUCUCCAACACCUCAGAAACUUAGAACUGCAAAGGUGUUCGUUAACCAAGAUUCACGGCGAAGCUUUCGUUCACCUAAACGGUCUGGAGUCCUUAAGAUUAGACCAGAAUGAACUGGAGUACCUGGAGGUCUCGGUGAUAUCGAGUGUACCACGUCUAAAGACUUUAACCUUAGACGGCAACCAGUGGAGCUGCGACUGUAGGCUUCGAGACUUUCGAUCUUGGCUGAUCCCCAGUAGACCCAGCAAGCUGUACUCGGUGCCUCAAGUGUGUUCGUCGCCAUUGAGGUUAGAGGGACGCAAAUGGGAGGACGUGAAGCCUGUGGAGUUCGCCUGUGAGCCUGAAGUGUUCGUGUUAGCCAACAGUAUCCAAGAAGAGACUAAUGGAAACCUGAGCCUAGCCUGUCUAGCAACUGGUGAUCCAGAACCAGAAGUAUGGUGGCAAUUGAACGGUGGUCCAGUGAAUGCCACCAAGCUGACUGAUCAGACUUAUUCAGGAACGUACGUGGCCUACGCGACGUCCGAUAUGACUUACAACGAGCGUUCCACAUCGUCCAGUAGACUCAUCGACAGGUGGAACAACCUGACUGUCUACAAUGCCAGCGACGGUGACGCUGGGGAAUAUUCCUGUUUCGCAAAGAAUAUCGCUGGCCUAGCCAGAGACACUGUCAAUGUGGCUAUUCCACGUGUGUACACCGCACCCACGCUCUCCCAGAGCGACAAUUGGCUGCUCUGGAUGAGCCUGGCUGGCGGUGGAGCGGCUGCGUUGUGCGCCUCCAUAUCGGCGGUUCUUUUGGCGUUGUGCGUGUGUGGUGGGACUCGUCGACAUAGUGCGCGGGAGAAGGUGAAGCUACAGAAUAGUACGAGCUUCGGUGAUCAAGAGAAGAAGCUUCUGGAUUUGUCUGUCACUACCACUACGCCUGGGAACAGCAACGACAGAGGUAGCGGGCAUGGAAGCAUAGUGGAGGCCUGUAGUACAGGUGAUCUCGAACUAGCUGAAAGAGGCUCGAUUUGCGAUCCGAUGAAUGCUGCUACCGUGACUGUGGAGAGACUGCGACCAGAGGUCAGCAGCAGCUCGAUUAGCGCUAUGAGAAGCGUACCGUGUGCCGCUAUAUUCCCUCCGCCACCGCCAGAGUUCACUAGUGGCGUACUACCAGCUGGAAUCUUUGGGAAUAUAUUCAUUUCUGUGUCCGUGCCGCAGGAUUCAUCCGAUCGUUGUUAUCCCGAUUUACUGGAUAUACCUGUACACGGGACAAGCGGUGUUUUGAACAAAACUACGUCCGCCUUGCCAGCGGCAAGCAGCGUGUCAAGUUUUGCCACGUUGCCGCGACGAGCGCUGCGCUCGAGCGACCUCUGCUCCCCCUACGACAAUAUGGGGCCCCGUGUGACCGCGAACGGGAGCUCCGCGUUCUCAUUGACGGACGUGGAUUUGAGAUUAUCGCCGCCGCCACCACCGCGAAUCAUACAACCGCCGCACGAGUUCGUGUCCCUGUGA